AUGGUAGCCCCCAGGAAUACCGCCUAUGCGGAGGAGAGCGCGGAGGUGGAGGUGCUCUACGCCAAUCUCGAGAAACUGAACCGUCUCACCAAAAAGAUCCAAGGCUCUCUUGUGCGCCUGGAGACCAGCGGCAAGGUCGUGAAGGAGGCCAUUGGACCGAUCUACAGCAAUACGCAAUCACUUCAGAUUACCAAUAGCAAUAUCGAUAAGGUCAACGAUGCUAUCGACCGUCUGCGCCAGCCGCUCGACGCGAAGAGCCGAGAGGAGGGCAUCAUCCGCUCAGGGCCACAGAGCUCCGGUCUUUCGCAGUACCUGUCGGCGAUGAAACGUGUUGAAAAGGCGCUGGUCGACCUCAAUGCGACGAACCUCAGGUCGAACCAGAAAGCGAUGUCGGACUUUAACGCACUUCUGAGCACAGGAAGCAACAUGUUACAAGAUGAUCUCCGGAGUGAAUUGAAGCAACAUGUCACGCCUAUCGAGCCGCUACACUACUUGACCAAAGAACUCCCAUUCCCCUCCCUUCCCGAAGACACGAUUUCACACUUGGCACCGCUGUGCUCGGCAAUCGGGUCGGCAUCAAUCCAUGGAUUGCAGCGCGUGAAAGGGGAGAAUCCUGCGAUGAAGAUAUAUGCAGAAGUGCGCGGGCCGUAUAUCACCGCUAGCCUACAAAAUCUAUCAAUUGCAUCACUGAACACCGUCAAGCGAAGACCGACCGAUGGUCCAUACAAGCAAGGCACAAACGGAAUUGGGAUCUAUUCGAAUGCUUUAGAAGGCUUUAUCGUUACAGAACAUGGGAUUAUCGUGCAAAUCUUGACCGGGGAUCAGCAAGGCCUCGCUCUACAGGCCACCUUCCUCUCGGCCAUGGGAGAUUACUCAAAGACACUACGGGAGCUUAACCAGUACAUCAAGGCAAAUCUGAUGACGGACUGCUUCUUGGCCUUUGAGAUUAUCGAGAUUGUGACGGCAAUGUCUUACCGAAUCGACUCAAAGACUGCAGAGCUCAAGAGUCUACUGAUAGAAGCUUUGCGUCCGGUUCGUGAGACUGCCAAGUCUUCACUUUCGGAGCUACUCGAAGAGACCAAGCGCAAGGCUGCCAACACGUCCCUGCCCCCUGAUGGUGGUUCUGUCCCUCUGGUUGAGGAGGUGAUGAGCUCUUUAGCUACUUUGACCGGCUACUCAGGCCCCCUAGCGUCUAUUUUAACCUCGCUUGGAGAUGGAAAUUGGCGUUCCAAGUCAAACACUGCUGGCGCUGCUCCGUUAGAUGUCGGUCCCGACAGUGGCACCCUUUUCUCCCACUUCAUUCUGGACAUGAUUGAGGCGCUCAUGACCUCACUAGAAGCCCGCGGCCGAGCCUUCCACCGGUCGAAGGCUGCGCUUGGUGUAUUCUUGUCCAACGUGUUUUGUGUUGUCGACCGUUCGAUCAGACAGAGUCCCGAGCUGGCACGUUAUCUCGGUGCGCCAGAUAGUAUCGCCCGAAUUGAUACCUUCCGCAAACGCGCCACAUCGACUUACCUCGAUGCGUGGAAGGAGACAUCACAAUUCUUGCUGGACGUGCAGUACACCUCGCGAACCGGUGCGCGGCCCACCUCAGGUGGCGCGGUGGAUUCCAGCGCGAUCGUCAAAAAUCUGUCGUCGCGCGAUCGGGAUGCCAUCAAGGAAAAGUUCAAAUCGUUCAACGCGAGCUUCGAGGAUAUGCUUUCUCGGCACAAGAACCUUUAUAUGGAGCGGGAGGUGCGCUCUGUGCUAAGCCGAGAGCUGCAGGCUGUUCUCGAGCCGCUCUAUGCGCGCUUCUAUGAUCGCUAUGUCGAGAUCGACAAGGGUCGGGGCAAGUACAUCAAGUACGACAAGGCAAGCCUUGCGGUGCAGCUGGCGCAGCUGUCUUAG